AUGGAGCUCACCAUUAAUAUCUGGGUCUUCUUAAUCCUUCUCUACUGGCCAUGGGAUUCAGAAACACGGAAAUAUGAAGCCAUCCUUAAGGUGCCAAAUGGAGGACGAUGGGGUAUUUGGGGAAAGAUAAUAUUCUGUCCCAACGGACAUGUUAAUGGCUUCGCACUGAAGAUGCAACCAAGCCAUACAACAUGGGCUGAUGACACAGGAGGUCUCAACGGUGUGCGUCUUAGAUGUACCGAUGGGACAAUAAUUGAAACAAAGAGUGGACGAUGGGGAAAUUGGACAGAAUUUCAGGAAUGCCCCACAGGCAACUUCGUUUCUUUUGCUCUCAACAUGGUAGAAGAUAAAGGACUACAUGAUGAUAUGGCAGCUAAAAAUAUCCAAUUCAGAUGUAAAGAAGGAUCUGUACUAACUGGACUGUCACACUAUGUGCAAAAUUUUGGUCCAUGGAGCAAACAUUGCCGUGUUGGCUCCAUAUGUGGAAUCCAGGGAAAAACUGAGGAAGUCCAAGGCCAGGGAGAUGAUGCAACGCUCCGUGAUAUGAAGUUCUUCUGCUGUGUUUGA